AUGGGAAAACAAUACAUCUCCACGGCGAUCGUCGGCGACGCACACAGGUCCGACAUCCUCGACGUCUGUGUCAGCAAGAAGUACACUGUCACGUGUUCGGCAGACGGCUCGCUCAAGCUCUGGCUCAACUCGGACUCUGAGAAACCGUUGGAAAAACAGGUUUUGGUCGAUAAACUCGGCCUGCACCACGUUUCCCUGUUUGAGACGGAGUCUGAGCUGCUGAUCGGCACGGUCUCUUUUGCAGGGAAGUUUUACCUGUACAGAUUGGGCCAAGAUCUCGAGGCAGUGGACGAGUUGCCGGCAGAGUUGAAGAACGAAAAAAGCUCGUUUUGGGCCGUCAAGUUCAUGAAGGACCCAGAAAACGAGUCGGACCUCUUGGCGCUUACCAUGGCAACGGGAGAAACCCAGAUCUACUCGGUGGAUGGCGGAAAUUUAAUAUAUUCGGGCAAAACCGUCUCUUCAGAUAAGUCGUUUGCAACCAGCGUCGAUCUCGACCCCAUGUUCAAGAGAAUGGCCGUGGGACACCAGAACGGUAACGUGUACAUCUAUGAUUUGGAGUAUUUGAAGCCGCUGUACGAGUUCCAGUCGUACGGACUGAAAAAAGCCACUUCUGCCAGCUCGUUAUCCACGGUGCGGUGCGUGAGAUUCUCUCCUGGUGGCACGCUUUUGGCCGUGGCCCGCGACUCUGGUGCAUACGGAACCAUUUUCCUGUACGACGUCAAGUACGGAGAGGUCAUCGGAACAUUGACAAAUGCCUCGCACUCCUCGAAUGUCGGUAUUGGAGGAUUCGCUCAUAAUAGUUGGUGCAUGUCUGUGUCUUUUAACGAAGACGGUACUUUGCUGGCGAGCGGCGGUCUCGACGACACCAUCAGAAUCUGGAGCACAAGCACGCGAACAAAGGAAGCCAGUCUGGUGGUGAGCAGGUCCGACGUGGACGACGAAGCUUUGCAGAACACAAACCAGCUGGAUCAUGCCACCUGCUGCGCAUUGUCGUUUAUACCGAAAAAGCUCAUCCCUGGAGAAGGAGACAAUGACGGGCUGGUGAUUGUUGGGUUCGACCGUGCAAUCAGAUGGUUUAGAGAAGCAGGCGGAGUGUGA